AUUUUAGGGCUAAUGGCACUGACAUCCAGUUUCCCCCCACCACAAGCGAUUUGGCUAACCCCACUGUCACUGCCACCCCCAGACAAUCCAGCAGCCCGCUAAUGAGGCUUAUAUAUACACCCAGAGAAAGCCACCCAGCAACUCUGUGUAAACCCUAAACCUCUGUAAACAUGUUGCUGAAUAUGCUUCGCCGCCGUUGGCUUCUCUCUCCACCUCACCCUCCUCUUUCCGUAAGGGUUUUUUCAUUACUCGCAACAUUUCUAGAGCGUCUUGUUUCUGCCUCUGCUUCAUCAUAUCAACCUUGUUGUGUUGAUUAUUAUAUAAAAGAAACAUGCUACAACACUGAGUCACUGAUAUCAAAUGGCCAGAGGGCAAUUGCCUUUUGGGCUGGACAAAUGGAAGAAGCUGCAAUAUUGGCUUUUGAGUAUGGAAGUAAUCUGGGACUAGCAUACCAAUUGACCAAUGAUGUUCUCGAUUUCACCGGCACACCAGCAAUUUUGUCAAGAAACCUUACUUUUAACUCUAGUUCAGGCUCCAACUUUGAUGGCCGUUUUGUUGAAAAGGAUGACUUUGUUGAGAGUACUGAUGGUUAUGACAAAGAUUCUGGAGAUUUGAGUUUCUUUGGUAGUCAUCAUGGUGACAUUAAAAAGAAUAAAAAAUCUAAAUUUGAUAGAUUUGAUAAGGUUGAGGAUUCUGAUGAAGAAUUAGAAGAUGGGGAGCAUGAUAGUGAUUGUGAUGAUACUUUCACAGUUUUGGAUUCUUUUGAUAAAAACUGUUUAAAUAAAGAUGAUAUUAGGAGAGUUGAAGUGGAGGAAGAUGAACUUAGACACCCUUUAGUGAGAGAAGUUUGUAGGUUGAUUGAACUUAGGUCAGCUUGGAGCCCAAAGCAUGAAGAGGAAUUGAGACACCUGUUACGAAGCCUCAAGUCUUGGCAGGUUUGUGCUGUUUUGCGCUCUCAGGCUGAUGAACGUGUUGCUUUGAAGUUUUUCUACUGGGCUGAUAGGCAAUGGCGAUAUCGGCAUGAUACAAUAGUGUAUUAUGUGAUUCUUGAGGUUCUCAGUAAGACAAAAUUGUGUCAGGGUGCUAAGCGGGUUCUUCGGCUUAUGGCACGUAGGGGAAUUAACUGUCGGCCUGAAGCAUUUAGUUAUGUAAUGGUGGCUUACAGUCGGGCAGGCAAGUUGAGAAAUGCAAUGCAGAUAUUGACUAUGAUGCAAAAGGCUGGAGUUAAACCUGACUUAUUGAUAUGUAACACUGCAGUUCAUGUUUUGGUGGUGGGAAAUAAGUUGGAGAAGGCAUUGAGGUUUGUGAAAAGGAUGCAACUUGUUGGCAUUACACCUAAUGUUGUUACUUAUAACAGUUUGAUCAAGGGAUAUUGUGAUUUACAAUGCAUUGAGGAUGCCAUGGAGCUGAUCACUGAAAUGCCAUUUAAAGGAUGUUCUCCAGAUAAAGUUAGUUACUUUACCGUAAUGGGUUUUCUAUGCAAGGAGAAAAGAAUUAAAGAACUGAGGGACUUAAUGGAGAAGAUGGUGAAUGAUAGUAAUUUGUUACAUGAUCAGGUUACUUAUGGUACUCUUAUCCAUAUGCUCUCAAAGCAUGGCCAUGGUGAUGAGGCUCUUGAAUUUCUGAAGGAGGCUGAAGAUAAGGGAUUUCACGUUGAUAAAGUAGCAUAUAGUGCAAUUAUUCACUCCUUUUGUAAGGACGGAAGAAUCAAGGAGGCAAAAGAACUGGUAAAUCAAAUGUUUCAGAAAGGUUGUAUUCCUGAUGUAGUUACUUACACUACUGUUGUUAAUGGAUUUUGUCGGUUGGGAAAAUUGGACUUAGCUAAAAAGAUGCUUCAGCAGAUGUACAAGCAUGGCUGCAAACCAAACACUGUGUCACAUACUGCCUUGUUAAAUGGGCUUUGUCAUAAUGGAAGAUCAUUAGAGGCUAGAGAGAUGAUUGACAUGUGUGAGGAAGAGUGGUGGACUCCUAAUGCCAUCACUUAUAGUGUUGUGAUGCAUGGGCUGCGGAGGGAAAGAAAAUUAUCAGAGGCUUGUGAUGUGGUGAGGGAGAUGAUUAGAAAGGGCUUCUUUCCAACACCAGUUGAAAUUAACUUAUUAAUUCAGUCGCUUUGUCAAGAUGGAAAAAUCAAUGAGGCUAAAAAGUUCAUGGAGGAGUGCUUAAACAAGGGAUGUGCUGUUAAUGUAGUGAACUUUACUACUGUGAUCCAUGGAUUUUGUCAGAAAGAUGACUUGGAUGCUGCUCUUUCAUUGCUUGAUGACAUGUAUUUGAGCAACAAACACCCUGAUGUAGUCACUUAUACGACGAUAAUUGAUGCUUUGGGGAAAAAAGGUAGAAUAGAAGAGGCAACUGAACUUAGUAACCGAAUGCUUCAAAAAGGUUUGGUUCCUACAGCUGUUACAUACAGGACAGUUAUCCAUCGAUAUUGUCAGAUGGGUAGAGUGGAAGAUUUGUUAGGCUUGCUAGAGAAGAUGCUUUCAAGACAGAAGUGUAGAACAGCUUAUAAUCAAGUUAUUGAGAAGCUAUGUAGUUUUGGAAACUUGGAAGAGGCUGAAAAACUCUUGAGUAAGGUCUUGAGAACUGCUUCAAAAGUUGAUGCUAGCACAUGCCAUGUGCUUAUGGAAAGUUAUUUGAGGAAAGGGAUUCCUCUGUCUGCAUAUAAAGUAGCUUGUCGUAUGUUUAAUCGGAAUCUGAUCCCUGAUUUGAAGUUAUGUGAGAAGGUGAGCAAGAGACUAGUCUUUGAAGGAAAAUCAGAGGAGGCAGAUAACCUUAUGCUACGAUUUGUUGAGCGUGGAAAAAUUCAACCUCAGAACCAAGAGCACUAGCAAAGCUAGAGCCUAAAGGAUUCUUUUAAACUUGGUAUUCCAGAUGGAUUUGGUUCCAUUUCCCUUUCCCUUUUUCUCUGGUGCUAUCUAAAACUAUUUUG